UCAUCGGACCAUGUCCAAUAUUCUGCAAAUGGUAUCAGCUGGAUCAACGUAUCUUUUGAGUCAUUCCUCGAACAAACACCCCCAGUACCCACUUAUCAAGCGGGAUCGCAGCCACUACAUGAUUUCUUUGGAUUAGACAGCUCGAAACAUAUCGUUUCGCUUUCGCUUCGUGAUCCUUUGGAUGCUCGAGAGAUGCCUCCAAAUGGAAAUUCACAUGUUUCAGCUUCAUGCAUGCGUGGCGUGAGGAAGGUCACGCCUGCAGACUGGCGAUCGUACGUUCUGACAAUGCGGCCUGAUAUCGCAUUUGCUCUCAGUGACACGCCUUUUACUGCUGCCCCGCACUCGCAGAAACGCAUGACUAAAAGCAUCGAGCGGAGUGCGGCUUGGCUCGCAGAUCUGUUGCGUCCUGUUGAAAUCACGAUGGAUGACUCAUCCACGGAGUCAACUCCUGCUGCUUUGAAUGUCUUCGUGCAUAUGGCUGGUGGUACUUCGACUUCCGCAAGGAGAGCCUCUUCGCACAGUCUCAUGGAGACUCUUCAUGGGUUGGAAGCGAACGCUGUGAAACCACUGUUAUGUUUGGAUGAAGGAGUAGCUGGAUAUGCAUUUGACCUAGCCGCCUUUCAUGUCAGACCAGCUCCUUCGUUGACCCACAACGAUAAGGGCGGAGGCAUCGAAAUCGCAGAGAGCUCUUUGAUUCUACAGAACUCGGAAUCAUUAGCACAAGCGCCAACGCCUAACGCGGCUCAUACACCCACAUCGCUCUCGUCCAGCAUGAUCGAGCCUCUUUCCUUCCUCUCCCUGACCCCCACAUUGGAUGAACUCCUCCGUGCAUCAUUAAAUCCCCUCCCGGUCGCAAAACCACGCCUUGUCACGGACGUUCGAUCCCCUCACGAAAUCCUGCGUUUGAUCAGAGAUGUUGGAGUCGAUGUAUCCGAUGCGGGAUGGGCUGUAAAAGCAGCUGAUAUCGGAGUGGCUCUCGAUUUUAUUUUUCCAGUGCCCAGCAGUCAUGACAGUGGUCCAGACCAUCGCAAACGCGACAUUGGUCACAACCUGUACGAUGCGAAGUACGCUUACGACUUCGUCAGGUUGUCAGACGCCUUCCUCGCUGGCUGCGAUAGAACAUCUUCGUCUCAAACUCCCGUUUGCCCCUGCGCUGCAUGCUCUCCAGUUGCCCUCACGUCUCCUAUCUACCAUAGCAAAGUUGACGUUCAGUCGCAUCAAGCGCGUUUAGACGACGGCAUGAGCCGGGAACGAUUUUCACCUCCUUUCACACGAGCCUACCUGCACCACCUCUUACACACCCACGAGAUGUCUGCACACACACUCCUUGUCGCACAUAAUGUCGCCGUCCUUGAUGCCCUGCUUACUGGAGUGCGAACGAUUCUUUCGGGUCAUGCUGAUCAACAUGAAGUAGCAACCAUUUUUGCCCGAGAGGUCACAAGGUUUGAAGAGGUUUACGAUGGGGAUAUGUCAGUGUUCCAUACUGCUCGGGAAAACUGGAAGGACGUGAAGCACGCACGGGGUAAAGGAAGAUUGGCGCGGGAGGCACAGAAAGAAAAGAAAGUUUGA